ACUUGCAAGUAAAUAUCCCACCCAACUUAAACGUCGUCUUUCUUUUCGCUUGGUCCUUAUAACACGGCGAAUAUAAUUUCAGUUGGCUAAAUCAACUCUCAACGAACUGAGUGAAAGUAGAUUCCCCUGAGUCACAGCUUUUUUCAUCAAUCUGAGCAAAUCAUUGAUUAAAAUGGAUUCUCAUCCGCAUCAUCAUCAUCACCAAAUUGCGAAAUCAGUCCAAAAUCUCCUCCAAAUUGUGGACCUCAACUACCGAUUGAGAUGGCGAUCUCUCCCAAAUAUCAUCAUCCCCACGACAGACCACCACCACGACUGUGAAUAUUAUCACCACCCCUCCGAAUUCAAUCCGGCGUGUAGUUCCACCUCCACAAAGAAUAAGAACAGUCACAAAAUACUAAAGAAAACUUGGGACAAAGUGAAAACGGCCAUAAUUCACACUACAACAUCCCAUUCUAAUCGGAGAACAAGCUUAAACAAAGCAUCAAAAUUGGAUUCAAGCUCCAAGAAUUUACCCCCAACUUGCUCCGCACCCUCGACACCGUUACAAAAGCAAACGUUUGACUUUGACAAUCCAACCUUAAUUUCUUCACCGUCAGUUUCACCCCCUACGAACUUUCUCCUUCGUUCCGUCUCCGCCAACGCGGGCGAAAUGACCACUGACGCCACGGAACAUGUCCCAAAUUUGGAAGAAGAAUCCCAAAAAAUCCAACAGAGUUAUGCCAAUCUUCAAAAACGCUUAUCUCAAGAGCUCCACCAACGAAUGUCCGAACAUCGCCCGGACACGAAUAAAACCGCGAUAGACAACUUAUCCGAAGAUUUUAAAAAGAGACUCCGCCAAUGGGAAAUGUGGAAAUUCAUCUCAACCGGAAAAGUUACGUAUACCGAUGAAGAGUUACAGCAAAUUCUUCCGGAAGACUUUUCACAGCGGUUACACGAGUGGGAAAACAUCAAGCACAUGAGUAAGACACCGGAUUCGAUGAGAGAAACAUCUUCCCCGGAAAAAAUUACUCCAUGCAAGAAUAAACUUUUAAGGAAGAAAAAGAGUUCGGCGUCAAUUUCGACAUCGGUGGCGAAAGGAGAAGAGGCGUCGUCGUCGUCAUCAUCAUCUUCUCGACAGAAAGAGCUAGCCUGGCUGGAGAAGCAGUUGGAGAAGAUUGAGGCAGAGAAGAAGCGUUUGGAGAGAGAGAUGAAGAAAAAUAUGGAAAGGGAAGCCAGGUUAGAAAAGAUGAAGGAAGCACUGCAAAAUACGAGAAGGAGUGAAGAAGUCUGGAUAAGGACGCCUACAGCAAAGUGCAAAGUAGAAAAGUUGACGGAAAAAUUUACUAAGAAAUUAUACGAAUGGGAAGAAAUGCGAGGAAUCCAACCGGAAAGUUCAACUAUGGCGUUGCUCCAUCCGAAAUAUUAUGGACCUCCGCCUGAAGAAGGGGAGGGUGCAGAGGAAGAAAUGGAGGCCAGAGUUCGGGCGGAAUUUGCCAAAACGAGAUAUGACGAUGACACUCCGGCCAGAGACAGUGAAAGCAGGAGGGAUGAGAACGAGGAGGAGGAGGAAGAAGGGGGCACGACGGAACACGAAGAUAAUUAUGACGAACAUGAUAAGCCACGACUACUUCUUAAUGAACAGGAACAGAGAAUUUCUUCCGCCUCAAGUUCCUCUGACUUUGAAGAAGCCACGGAUUCAUUCGCCACCCAUGAAAAGGCAAACUCUGGCGCCUCCAACACCACAGAUUCUGAUUUUUACCGUGCCGAGUUUCCUACAUCCUGUCGACGGAGAUCUUCUGAACCGAUUUCUACCCCUUUGUCGGCACGAAGCCCAUCCUUGUCAGCAUUCACCAGUGAUGAUGAAGUGGAAACAUGCGGUCUGCUGAAAACGGUUAGUGAGGAGAACGAGAGUAUUAUGGGAAACAAUACAAUGUCAAAGGAUGCGGAAUCGCAGACGGAGAUUAUUCUAAAGGCGAAACCAGUACUCGUCGAAGAUGAUGAAGAAAACGAGGAGAAUUUAGGCGGUGAAGAAUCUGGGGGAAUUUUCGUGCAGACAAAGAGAACUAUUUUUACACCCAUUUUGGAUGAGGUAGAUUCGGAAGAGAAAGUAGUAUUGAUUGAAGGGGGAGAUUCAUUAAAGUCACCUUCACUCAUAAGAAAAGUAGUCCAGCAGAGUCAUCCCUUGGAAGUUAGGACGGUUUCACCAAUCCGAGAUAACAUUCUGCCGGCAGAUUUUCUCCCAUGUUUCAGCUCAAGCUCGAAUUCCUUCUCGUUUGCACCUAAACCUGGAAGAACGUCACCUCCAAGUCCCCCGGGAGGGAAGUUAGCGACGACGCUGCUUCCGAGACCACCACGAGUUGUGGAAAUGAUACCCAAAGUACCACCUCAUGCGUCAACGUCUCAGACAAUGGGACAGAAAAGUUUUCCGAAAAUGGGUAAGAUUCCCAUAUGGUGUUCUCCCCUGGGGACACGGCAUCAUUUAGGCGGUGGGUCAAUCGGUGGUGAUGGAGGUCACGCUUCUGAAGCCGACCUCACUUCAAAGCAACAUUCCUCCUCCGUAGAUUUUAGUGGUACGUUUCUUCUGACGGAAGCGAAUCUUUAUGAUAAUCAUAGCUCAUCAACGGUACCCUGUUCGUCGACAUCUUUGGUGAUGGGGACCUCAAAUCCACCACCGAGUAAAAUUCCGUACUCAAAAACUGGAGUGAAACGGGGAAAUAUUACUGGAGUCGUGGUACCCGAAGAGAGUGGAAUUGUGGGGGCGUCAAUUCAAACGGGGCAACGACACCCUGCCUUUCUUCCUGUGCGGUCAAAUUCUUUCAGAAUUCAUCGAAAUAUGAUGGGAGACCAACCUGGAGGGGAUGGUAAUGGGUCAUCGUCGUCAGCAGCAGCAAUGACGAGCAGGCCGAGAGAAACGGGGAGUGGUGCUACGAAGGGAGGAUUCUACGCCCAUUUGAAAAGUCGCGUUGGAGGAACGGUAUCGAAGUCUCGGAGUACGGGUUACAUAAGAAGUAAAUUUGACAAAGCUUUGUCAAGUUUCACCAGUAAAAUUACCUCAAAAGAACACGGACAUGGCUCACCUACAACGACAAAUCCCACUGGGGAAAGAAAUCAGCUACCACAAUAAAUGCUAUAAUAGUGGGGGUAUGGUUGGCAGUACAGACAAUAAUUAAAUAAUUGUGUAUUAUCAAAUUUAUAAUUGUGAAGUAAUCAGAAAUCUAACAUAGUAUUUUGAUAUGAACCAUUUACUUAUGAAACGAGCAAGACUCAAAUUAUGAUGCAAAUAAAUUCUAAUUAUGAAA